AUGUCUGCUCCUGCUCCUGCUCCUGGCUCUAGCCUGGCCGCUGGCUCUGGCCCUUCUCCUGCCGGCCCCCCUCCUGGGGAUUUUGAUCUUGAUCUUGAUAUCGAUACACUCUGCCGUUGUGAAUUUGUCCGGCACCUCGGCCAAGAGGUUCACAGGGUUUUUCGACACUAUGAACAGGUGCCCAACGAGCAAGAAGCAGCCAAUUGGCUGCGCGAUUAUCGAGAGGACCUACGGCUGCUGUGGGGUGUAUUGGGGGGUGAUGACCCCAAUACCAAAAACAAUAUGCUUGCCCGGGUGAAGUCCAAGUUUCCUGGGUUCGAUGCAUGGCGUCGAGGGCUGGGCCCAGCGCCCUGGGAAUGA